AUGACCACCGGCACAGAGGCUAGUCCCCACGCUGAGAGGACGGAGCCACCUUGCCCCUUCUCUAUCACCGUUGAAUUCACUGGUGGUCUUGAGAUGUUAUUUUCCAACGAGCGCAAACAUAAUUUCAUAAUACCUGCUAAAUUGAGUGACGGAGGCCGGCCGAAUAUCAGUUUCCUCCUCAAGCACCUGGCUGACAAUGUGAUGAAGGAUGAGAGAAAGGAACUUUUCAUCUUAGAGGAUAAUGUGCGGCCUGGUAUUCUUGUCCUCAUCAACGAUGCCGACUGGGAACUUGAGGGUGAAGAAAACUAUGAGCUCCAACCUAACGAUAAUAUUGUGUUCGUUUCUACACUGCAUGGAGGAUAG